CAUCUUGCAACUUGAGUUUCAUUUGGUGUCUCGUUUUGUUACACGAACACAUUCACUCGGGCUGGAAUAAGGAUAAAACUCGUCUUUAUAUAAAUCUUCAAAAAUGGGGAGUGGUUCUAGCCAAGAGACUCACUACACUUAUGUGGAUAACACAGAAACAAAAAGGCGCGAGGCAGAGGAGAUAGAGGCAAGACGGCUGGAGAAUGAACGAAAGCAACGCGAGAACGAAGAAAGGUUGCGGAUAGCGGAAGAAAAGGCGGAAGAACAGAGGAGACGACGAGAGCAACUCAAGGAACAACGGCAGAAAGAAGUAGAAGAAGAAGAAGCCAGAAGACAAGCAGAAGAACAGAAACGUUUGGAACUGGAGGCCGAACUUUGCCGACGCCGAGAUCAGUUGUUCAAUUACAAGUUUGGUGACAAGACCAGGCUUGAUAAUUUUAUGGGGCUAAACAUUGAUGAUGUAACCUUCAGUGGAAGUGUUCUUGCGUUUCCUCCAAAAAGAAUAUCAGUGGUCGACAAAUAGCAUCAUGACGGCUUCGAGCAAGUUGGCCAAAGAUGACAUAACAAGUGUAAAGUUGUUAGCUAUGAGCUGGAGUGAAGUUCGUCAGUACUUUCCUGCUGGAAUGAGCAGAAUGAUCGAGAAGGAGCUCAAGAAACGAGGCAUGAUCUCUUGAACCAUUGAGUGGCGACUAGACACGGACUUGACGCUCUUGAGCAAAAUUUACCGAUUUUUUUCUAAUUUUUUAGGGCAAUUAAAAGGCUAGUGUUGAGCAUGCAAUUGCUUUUGAAGGACAGCAUUUCAUUUCUGAUGUUUAGGAUAAAAAAUGUAUUAAUUAAUACACUGUUAGACUCGUGAAGAGAGAUUUUGAUUCUAGGUCCAUAGGUUUACUUGUCACCUGUUGGUGUUUCAAAACAUAGAAUUUACGAACUAAAUACUAUAACCUCCUUAGACAGUUUAAUCAAGAAUUACAUCAGUAAAAGGAACUAAUGAUCAGUAAUUAACUACGAUAAUUUGUUGCCUGUUUACUUGUGGGUGUUAAUUAAAGGCUUUUUGUUCUUUUGCCAUC